AUGAGUGAGGCCCUUGAUCAUCUGCAACAGGAAGUACAAGCAACUCAAAAUAUCUUAGUCAAAAUGUAUUGCGUAGGUACUAAACCAACAAUGCUGAAUGACCUAUCUAUAUAUAUACGAGUACAAAACAGCCUCGGUGGUGUAGUGCCUAGCACGUACGGCUACACACCCGGAGAUCCUGGAGGGUGCGACGAUGUACAGCGUUCUCUGGAACUCCUAGAUCAAGUGCUAAGUGAGUACGACGAGGGGGAGCCGCGGUCGCUGGAGGCGCGCGCGCCGCCCACGCCGGCCACCCCGGCCACACCGGCCACGCCUGCUACCGACGACGACUCACCACUCGCGGGACACACAUCCGAAGACGAUGGAUAUAUGAGCAUGAACGGCAGACGAGCGAAAUUCGCGCUGGGCUUCCGACCUACGGAGGAACGCGAGGAAGGUUCACCACCAGAUCCACCAUCGCCGCAUUCACCACCGCCACCUGAAGAAGCAGAAAGGAUAAUUUCUACUCUAUUACCAAAAGUAUCGCCUGCAAAUUCUGCAAAACGAACAACUUCAGUUGAACAAUGCGAAGCUGAAGAGAAAUUGGAUUCCAUUAUAAGUAUAAAUGGAGUUACGACUGCAACUCAAACAACUUUUCCGAAAACGAGACAUCAACGCCCAUAUGGGUGGGACAAGGAAAUAGAAACAAAUGGUUUUCAAUUACAGCAACCACCAACUCAUCCCUGCAAAUUCUCCUCAUUACAACAUGGUGCAAAGCCAAAUCAUCCCGAAGUCAUUCCAACGUGGCUUCCUCCAAGGCACUCGGCUCCACCUCUAAACCUUAAGAAGUCACCUAGCUUGGAAAAUCCACCCGUAUUUCCCUUCAUGGGUUUCUCUAGCGAAUUUAUCGAUAAGCCAUACAAUGAACAUCCGGUAACGAUUUACCCUGGACCAAAUAUACAAUACAAUCGACAAUCACAUUCCCCGACUUACAAAAUAUCACCAUCCAAUAGCAAAAGCAUAGAUAAGAAAAACAGUAUGAAACGUGAUAGUAGAUCUGACGGGGAAAUGCUAUCACCAAAGGGUAAGAUACCUCCGCGUACUCUCGCCAGUUCUAUGGAGAGACAUAGAGAAGUGUGUAGAGGAUCUUCGGAGGACAUAAUGGAUUGCAAGAUAACUGCAAACAGGGAUGAUGAAGAACAUUUUUCAGAUGAUUCAUUAGAAUCUUUCCCACCCCCACCUGCAGUGAGCACGCCUUCGAAGCGAAAUUCCAUAGCCUGGGAAGUGUCUCUCGAUGGUGACGAUCCUCUACUUACACCUGGGAGUACUAAGGUCAUUGGGAGACGAAGAAGAAAAUCUGGAGAUCAGUCACAUUCAAGCACAAGUUCGAUACCGCAAAGAUUAGACGAAGAUUGGGUGGAAGAGUACUGGCCUCCGCCGCCACCAAUUUCCCAAUGUGAACCUCUCGCUUCCCCUAUUUCAGAUAUAGAACAAGAACAUCGUCGUACACAAGACUUAGCAUGUGGCACAUACGUUAUUCGUAAAGGAAAAAAUAGAAAACAGUUACCGGCCUUCAACAAAAAUACAAAUAGCAAAACACAAAACACUAAUAAUCUAUCACAAAGUCAUAGCUUAAAUAGAAGUAUUGAUAAAUCUAUAGACGGAUCUAGUAUUUCUAUAAGCGGUUCAGGAUCUGUAGGUUCCUAUAAUUCUAGACCAAGUUCAGAUUUAAGUUUACCUCAAUCACGAUAUAGUGCUGAUUUAAAUUCAAGAUUGAGUCGCGAGCUCAACACACCCAACUCUAGAUAUAGUAUCGACCUCUGUACUCCGAAUUCUAGAUUAAGUAAGGAAAUAACUUCGCCCAAGUCCAGGCUUAGUUUGGAUCUCAACAAUGCCCAAGAAAGAUACAACCCAGAGUAUUAUGGUCACAGUCCUAAAAGUAGACAAUCUGAUAAAAGUGUUUCUAAAAAUAGUACUCAAAGUAAAUUAUCCCCUCAGAGUAGGUUUACGGAUUUCAAAAAAUAUUCCUCUACGUUUGAUAACAUUCAAUCUUUAAUCAAAGAAGGUAAAGUUGAAGAAACUCCUCAAACAGAAUGUAAUGAAACUGUUGGCGAGCUAACAACUGCUCCUCCAGCUAUGGUCCGUGUUAUAUCUCUUCCAAGUCUUGGGCCUGAGGAUAGUAAUAGUGCGAGUCGCCAAGCUCUUAUUACUACUGUUGAAGAAGAAGAAGAUCAAGAAAGCGGUGAACCAGGCUCUAGUGGAGAAACUUCGCCGUUACGCAAAAUCGAAAAUAAUAUAAGCGCUAUUUUAAGCCAAGGUCGGGACCAAAAACAUUUUACCCCUUACAUACCUAAAGACUGGAAUAUUCAUAAGGACGAGUACUGUGAUGAUAUAUCUAAAGAUAUCUUAGAAAGCAAUUUCCGUUAUAGCUCUAGAGAAAAACAAAAAAGGCAUGAUAUUCAGAAAUCAUCUAGCCACAAUGAAAUACAGAAUCAGAGGUCAAUAGAGCGUCGUGAUAGGUCGUCUGGUAGAAGGUCAAACAGCAUGCAUAAAUCAACGAGUGCCAAAGAUGUACCAGUGAGCUUGAUGCGACAACCAUCUUCCUCAGAUUCGGCGGUAUCUAGUGGAGGAGAUUUUCCCCUAAAUGUACAAAUAGUGGAACAUCCAUAUAGACACAAUCAAUUGCCUCCCUCGCCGAGUAUUGUCCAUGAAAUGGGGCCAUUACCACAAACCCCGGAAUCGCCUAAAUUUCCACCUCUACCUCCCUCGCCAGUUCAAGAAGUAGAGGAUGAAUAUACAGAAAUCAUGCAACCGACACAAAGGCGCCAUGGUAAAAAAGCUGACACGCUACCAACGCCGACUUUGGAAUCUAGAAGGAGACCCUCAGAACCCCCAGCAGUGCCGCCGCACCGCGAUACCACAAACAGCCUUAAAACGAGAUCCAUGGAGACCAGUUACAAUAAGAAUAGAAGGAAUAGUAAUUUCAAAAGUGGCUCCACCGAUAGAAGAACACUACCUACGGACACUGGGGCAAGUGGCGCGAGACGAAGAACGUUGCAGCGUCAGAAUAGAGAGACAUCUAACGUACGAGGUCAGCUGCAGACAUCUGCGAGCUUACCCGAAACGCCGGUGUUUGCUCGGGGUUGCGACGUCCCACGGACACCGCCUAGGAACUCGACGGGACCUCCACGGAAUAACACUAUGAGUUCAAUACAAACUAUAGGAAGCAGUGCAACAUUAGGAGGCUAUGGACGAGGUUCUAUAAUGGGUGCAACAGGUGUGUGUACUGGGGCUGACCUGCUUCGCUUGGGCGGCCCACCGCGCGGCUGGUACCCACGACAAAGAAAUAGGCCGGCUUCAACGGAGCACUUGGAUAGAAUAACAACAUCUUCGAAAAUGGCGUCCGACCAUCCUGUGUCAUGGGAUAACUCGGGUGCUCGCAAACCUCUCACAUUACCACCGAACUUAACACCCAAAUUCUUCCAAAAAUCUCCUAGAGAAGCACUGAGAAGAGUCACAAGUCUGCUAAUACGAAAAGGAAACAAUGGAAAGGAGAAGGAAAAUUCUCGAAGUAAGGAGGCAACGUCGCCCGCGGCGCGAUCUGCGAACGGCGAGGAGCAUCCAGGCCAGAAACAAAGAAAAGGUUUCUUCAGAAGUCUUUGGAAGAAAUCUCGCCACUACUCUCUAGAGCAUCCG